CUCCAGUCUCGUAUCCUCUCGCAAGUCUUAUUCACAGCCUCUCAUGUUGAGGAUAGAGAGAGAAAGGGGAGAAACAAGAAGAAGGGCACACGAAGAAGAGGAAGGGAGCAGCAAAACGACCAUGGCAAUACCCGAAACGUCUCAGCUUGAGAUAGUGUCCGAUCACAGCGCACCUCUACCGCCGUCGACUACUGCACGGAGCAUGCAGCCGCACAAAAGACAGAGCCCAGAUGAAUGAGGAGCUGUACCUGGGCCGUGGACAAAAUGAGGGUCAUCUUCAUCCAAAACGCCGGUUUCGUCGCAGCUUUCUCGCCUUUUAGAUGUGAGUCGGUGAUGUUGGCAGCGUUUAGGACGACAGAUAAGGUGAACGAGCCAGAAUUAACCACAGCUAGAUCAUGCAAGUCGACUGAGGAGUGAGGAGAUCAGACCGAUUGAUUUAGUGUCUUUCUUUUAUUGGGAUAUAGUUUGCACAUACAUUAUAGCCAAUUUAUCAUAUUUAAAGCCAGCGUGUGUUCAGUUUCCGGCAUGCAGCCUGCUGUCGAAAUCUGAAUACAUAUUUUAUUACAUAUUGGCACUAGAAUAACAUUUAUCCAGUGAUACAGGACUAUGUAUCAGGUAAUUAUGGACCGAUAAUGUCCUUAUAGACUCUUUGUGCUUAAUCGAUUAGUAGAUUAAUGAUAUAGCGAUAAUAACAUGAAUAGGUAGGAGGAGUGUCUCUGUUCGCUUUGAUCAAAGCCAUUGAUCAACUAAGACAAUCUGGAAAUGUUACUUUCCAUGUGUAAUUAUAGGCUAUGACUAAUAGGCUACGCGUUAUUCCUUGUAAUUUAUUUAUUUAUUAAUACUAUUAUUAGACCUAUAAGUAUUAUAUUAUCAAUUUAUUUUAGCUAGGUAGUUUGAAAUAUUUAACAGUGGGAAGGUUAUUUAAAAACUUCCCUAGUGAGAUGGAAACCGCUUAUUUAUCGCCCCACCGAGGGGCACCCCGUCCCGAGGCCCAGAGAGGCCAAACCUCAGCGGGCAAACCGGCGGGGGGUGAACUCUCCCCUCCACCUCCAACACUGUGUGCCAGCAACUCACCCGAAGAGUCCCCGGCAAGCAGUGAUGGACGGAGAAACUCGGGCGUGAAGAAACACCACCACAAGCACAACCUGAAACACCGCUACGAGCUGCUGGAGACGCUGGGAAGAGGCACCUAUGGCAAAGUCAAGAAGGCCAUCGAGCGACACUCCGGAAGAGAGGUGGCUAUCAAGUCGAUUCGGAAGGAGAAGAUCAAGGACGAUCAGGACAUGGUUCACAUCCGACGAGAGAUUGAGAUCAUGUCUUCCCUCCGGCACCCACACAUCAUCUCUAUAUAUGAAGUGUUUGAGAACAAGGACAAGAUCGUGAUUGUGAUGGAGUACGCCAGCAAGGGCGAGCUGUAUGACUACAUCAGCGAGCGCCGACGCCUGAGCGAGCGGGAGACGCGACACUUCUUCAGACAGAUAGUCUCCGCCGUACACCACUGCCACAAGAAUGGAGUGGUGCACAGGGAUCUGAAACUGGAAAAUGUGCUACUGGAUGAAAACUGUAAUAUUAAGAUUGCUGAUUUUGGACUGUCCAACCUCUACCACAAGGACAAGCUGCUGCAGACCUUCUGUGGCAGCCCGCUCUAUGCUUCACCAGAGAUUGUCAAUGGGAGACCUUACCGUGGCCCAGAGGUGGACAGCUGGGCUCUGGGGGUGCUGCUGUAUACCCUGGUCUAUGGGACCAUGCCAUUUGAUGGGGGAGACCACAAGAACCUCAUUCGCCAGAUUAGCAACGGCGACUACAAAGAACCUACUCAGUCCUCAGAUGCACGUGGACUGAUCCGCUGGAUGCUCAUGGUGAACCCUGAGCGCCGGGCCACAGUGGAGGACAUAGCCAACCACUGGUGGGUAAACUGGGGCUGGAAGAACAGCGUGUGCGACUGCGAGACCCAACGAGACCACGGAGGCUCGCCCAUGCUUGCCCGCUUCAUCGACUGGCAGAACCGCACUGAGCCACGUGGUUCUGGAGCCAAGGCUGCAGCCGCGCCCCAGCUGCUGCGUCAGAGGCCCAAAAAGUCCAAGAAGGAAAACGGCGAGGCAGGACAGGCCCACUGUGGAGCGGAAGACAAGCCCGGGCUGAAGAGACCCAAGGGGAUCCUGAAGACCAGGGUUACUGAAGAGCAGCGAGCUGCCAGUCUGGAAGAAACAGAGUUGGGCCAGGGAGUGCUGCUUCAACAAGCUGAAGGGGGAGAGGAUGCCUCAAGCCCAGAUCAAGAGGAAGACGAGCCCAGUUUGGGUGGAGGCUCGCCAGCUAAGAUGGUGCCCUCUCUUCCCAGGAAGGGCAUCUUGAAGAACAACCAACAGCGGGAAUCAGGGUACUACUCCUCCCCAGAGCGCAGUGAGUCCUCCGAGCUUUUAGGGGGCACCAGUAUGUCUCUGCUAGCCACCUCCCCGCCCAAGAGAGCGAUGGGGAGAAAAGGCAUCUUGAAGCGAAACGGAAAGUACUCCACCUACAGCGGGCCUCCAUCAGCGGCAGCGGUGGCUGGAGUCCUCGGCGAGCCUCCUCCAUCAACCGACUCUGGUCUGUCCCGCAGUCAGAGUCGGCCCUCCAGCAUAGUCGGGGAGGACAGCUCAGCUCUGUCCCUGUCGCCCAGCUCCCUCAGUGGGGCCGAGUGGCAUUCCUCCACCCCCCACCUCCGCCCAAACAUCAGGGCCUGCGUCUCGGCUGAAAACCUGCUGCAGCUUGCCAACUUCAAGGGCUUCCAGACUGCCCCGCCGCACCAGGGACCCAAGUUCAGCCGUGGCUCCAAAACGAGAGGCUCCCCGGGGGACAAUGGCAGCUUCUCCUUGCUGGGGGACCUGGAGGACAUGACUCAGGUGUACCAGCAAGCCCUGGACAUCAGCAGCAACCUCACCUAACAGAUGGGUGGCAGAGAAAGAGGAAGCAGAGGGAAUCCAACGUGUGUGUGUGUGUGUGUGUGUGUGUGUGUGUGUGUGUGUGUGUGUGUGUGUGUGUGUGUGUGUGUGUGUGUGUGUGUGUGUGUGUGUGUGUGUGUGUGUGUGUGUGUGUGUGUGUGUGUGUGUGUGUGUGUGUGUGUGUGUGUGUGUGUGUGUGUGUGUGUGUGUGCAGAUGUUUACGGGUGGCAUUAACGACCGGUGUGUUGCUGGGAUACACCUUUUGGGAAGUAGUGGUUUUCCAAAUGGGGCUGAAAUCUUGAUGGAAAUGAUAUGUCUUUGCACACACACACACACAUACAGACAGAUACACACUUAGGUGUACUUCUCUGGCCAGAGGAAAUCCAGUUAGGGUUUUUUGAACCAGAGAGAGGAGCUGGCACGAGAGAAUGCCACCCAGUCUGCUUUCUUGGCCCGCCCAUAGACUUUGCUGUGUUCAACAUGUUUACAUAUUCAGCAAGAAGGCAAGUUAGAAUCACAAACGCAGCAACCAGGUUGGCUCUCCUUGUACCACGCAUUCUCGAGUUUAAGUUUACACAAGCACCUUAAAACUCACGGAGAGCACAUGCUUUUGUGAUCUUUACUUCCUUUAAAAAAAAGAAAAGAAACAAACCAGGGUCUUGUUCCAAAAAUAACUGACAUUGCUGAUUAUUUAUUAAUAUUUUUGUAGCUUUUUUAGUGCAAAACUGGUGGGUGCUGGCUGUUACUGGAAGAGUCUAAAUCUCCAACUCUUUGUGUGGAACUGACAUAUAUAAUUAUGUUACUCGGUGAUGAGAAACAUAUAUAUACUCAGCAUAUAUAACUGUGUCUGCGCUUGUAAAACACGCAGGCAAAUAUACCUUCAUAAAAGCGUAUGUCCUAUAUAUGUGUAUGAUACUAGGGAAUAUGUAGGAAGUGCCUUUUUUGAUUCAUAAUAAAAGAUUAUGUAUGUCAUUUCCUUAAAGUGGAGGGAAAAGCCAGGCCAACCUGUCACCAGUUGUGCUUUUUUAAAUGUUUUUUGUGAAUGUGGAGAAACCCAGGGCCUUUAGCUCACAGCUGAAUAGCUUUACUCUGUCGCGGUUCAAAGGUGAAUCUCAAGACAGUUGAGAUCAAACAGUCUCGUCUCCAUCCCCCCUGCUCCUAGAUUCACACACAGAUAUGCCAGGAUCUACAGGCCCCCUCAGAAAGACCUCCUCUGUGUUCUUUGUCAAUGUUUGAGCCCAUAGUUUGGGUUGUCAGCAGUUUAGGUGGUUUGGUUGCAUAUUUGCUGGCAGCACUACAGAUCUGGAGGGACUCACCUUGUGGGGCAUUUAGUGGAGGGAGAUGGCGCAGACACCAUCUCACAGUCCUGGAAUGUGCCUGGCGCUCUUAACCUUGGUUGUUUCACAUUUCCAGGGCUACCUAAUAAAACUGCCUGUUAAGUGAGAUAUUCAGUUUUCUUGUUGUUGUUUUUUUAGCCAAAGACGUAUAAGGUGGUUUUCAUUGUCAGACAAGUUAAUAUUUUACCCCUAAGCCCUUCAAAAGAGCUAAGUAGGCUGGUUUGUUUAGCCUGCUGAUGACACAGCGAAUUCCUCAGACAAAGGCUGGAGACGUGUUGGUGCUAGAGAUCUCUAUCAGCCCCGGCCCGACUCAGCACAGGUGGGAUCUGCGGUCCGUGCUCAGCCCUCCAGCUGUGUAUACUAGUCCAUUAUGUCAACCAAGCACAAUUAGCCAGCUAUUGUUUUCAUUUGAGAGUAAGAGAGAGGCAGCGCAUAGAGAUUUAUAGAUAGAGGGAGAAGAAAAGAGUUGUGAAAGAGUGAUGCUUGGAAAGGUGCUAAGAUUAGAAAGGACUUUCCUGCUAAACACAGGAAAGGUCAAGGAGUUAGAAACAGCGUCGAAGGAAUUGCAAAGUAGAAUAGUGAAAGUAAAGAAAGUGAGUAGAAAGAGUAGAUGGAACGUUGUUUUUUUUAAUACCAAAGAUGUGAUGAAGCUUUGGGAUGUUUUGGUGUCAGAGGUUAACGGGAUUCCUCUGGAAUGUUCUUUGACUUUGGAAUCCCCAUUGGUGAAUGAAAUCAUCCCCGUAUUAGCUUUAGCUCACGGUUGUUUUCUUUUUCUUUUCAGCUUUUAUUUGAGAUGCCGGAGGCUGUUGGUACAGCUUGUCUUGAGGGUCAGUCAGUGUGUGACUGCAUAGCCCUAGAAAGUGCGUAACACUUUUCCAAAGCAGCAAAACGUGGGAAAACGACGACUGAUAUCCAAAAUAUGAAAUGAUGUAGAUGGAAAACCAUGCAGUAGACGACCCUGAGAGAAAGAUCACACAUUGAAUGUUUUCAGUGGUCCUCUGGUGUAAAGCAAAGGUCCUGGGUAUGGAUUCAAAUGAAAGACCCAUUGCGUAUUAUAUUGCAUUUUAUUGCCUUUUGUAUUGCCUUUUAUUGUCAACUGGAUUUACAGUGAGAAAAUUAUACUAUGUUAGUAUUUUUGUUUUAUUAUGCUUCUGUUUUUGAUUUUCCAAAAUAUAAGAAACUUUAUAUUGCUUUAUGUUAUGGCAGAAAAUACUUCCUUCCUUGAAGUAUUGUAAUUUCUCUCCAGAAAUGGACAAAUCUAAUCUGAAUUUGGUUUGGCCUCAGUUUUCUCCUGUUUUGAAGCCCUUUAACAACCUCCAAAUAGCACAAACCAACUACAUGAAUUGGAAUAAAGCAAAGUAUAUUUACUAAUGUAUCAAGAAAAUUGCAUUUCCACCUCUACCAAAGCAGAGGAGGUCCAUAAUGCUGAAACAACACCAGGAGGAAAAGGAAAUAAAGCAAUGGAAAGAAUCUGACGACAAUACUUAAACUCUGCCAAACUGGAAAACGUGGUGCAUAUCUGUUAGUUAGCAGAAAGUCUAAUCAUAGGAAAACUUGACUGGAUAUUGUUAUGACAAUAAUGAUAAGUUAGUAUUGAUAUGUUAUUUAAGUAUUAUUUUCGUUACGGCUCAUUACUAUUGAUGGCUAUUGCCACAGUUUGUUUUUUUUUGUCUGUUGGUGAUCCUGGACUGCCAAGGUGGAUUAAGUUGCGUGCCUUCGGUAUCUUUUAUGAACUUUUUUUUUUUUUGAUAAUGAAAAUGAUUAUCAAUCUGUUUUUAUACUUGUAUUUAUUGGUGAUCAAGCCAUUUAAUUUGUUGUUAAAAUACUCCCUGUUUAUGCUUUGGCCUGCUUUAGACUGUUUGUGUCCAGGAUGUACUUACUACACAACAAGUUUGAACUAAAAUGGUAUCAUCUCAUUGUGAAGGCAGCAGUCAAGCGUGUGUUUUUAAGAUCAACAAAUCAAUAACAGUUCUUCAAAUCCUGUAAAAUGUCUUAAUUCAUCCAUCUGGGUGUAUUUCUACUCAACACGAUGCCUCUGUUGUACUGUAUCAACUCAAAUAAAUGGAUCUUGAAAGUAA